AGUGGAAGCAAAGUGACGGUGACAACGACUCCAUUCGAGAACACCUCCAUCAAAGUGGGUCCCGCUCGGAAGUCCAGCUAUAAAUCCAAGAUGGCGCGGCGAAGCAAGAGGACGGGAGCCAAGGAGGGGCAAGAGAAGAAGCGCAGCUCUCUGUUCAGGAAGAUCACCAAACAGUCGAACCUGCUCCACACCAGCCGCAGCCUCUCCUCUCUGAACCGCUCUCUGUCCUCUGGAGACAGUCUGCCCGGCUCCCCGACCCACAGCCUCUCCGCCCGGUCCCCCACCCAGAGUUACCGCUCCAACCUCACCGAACCCCCCUACCUGGAGUGUAUUGAAGAUGCACAGAAAUAA